CCGGGGGGCAAAGACUCCUUUGCUCAUAUAGAGUGAAUGUUUCGCGCGAUUUCUAACUCACGGGGGGCAUCACGUAUGACCGCCAAUUUGCCCCGGUCUUUAUUCGCGAUCUCUCACAAUUAUUAUUAUUAUUAUAAUAUUAUUAAUCUUCUCAUUAUUUAUUUUCUCAAAAUUUGUUAAUUCAUUCAUUUUUUUUUUCCAAUCCAAAUCACUUUUUAGUGGUGCCGUUUUUAACUUCAUCUAUUCGGUAUGAAGUAUAUAUGACCUAAUAUUGUGAUUGAAAAAAAAGGGGAAAACAAUUUUUUUUGGGGGAUUUUUGAAAUAUUGUUUUUUCAAAGUAUUCUAAAAGAGGGGAAAAGUGAAAAAAAAAGAAGAGGAGGAGGAGGAGGAAGGUGGGCCUCAUUGUAUAGGAAAAAAAAGACUAUUUAGCAAGCCAAAAAAAAACAAGGAUCGCCUGUGAUAAUGCUCGUCUGCUGUUUGAUCAUAGCCGGAGCAACAGCGGCAGUUUCGUCAACAAGCGGCCACAGUUUUGACGCACAUCUUCGUGGACCGAGUUUUCUAAUAGAGCCAUCGUCUAGAGUGGAAUUUUCAAAUUCAAGUGGCGCCUGGCUUGACUGCGCUGCAACUGGAAGUCCUCAGCCCAACAUUGACUGGUCGACUGUCGAUGGUCUUCCGGUUGGUGACAUACCCAGUGUCCGACGUGUACUCAGUAAUGGUACCCUCGUUCUUCUUCCGUUUCCGGCUGCAGCUUACAGACAGGAUGUUCACAGUGCAGCAUACAGAUGCGUCGCUAGUAAUUCCGUUGGUCGAGUUCUUAGUCGCGACGUUCAAGUCCGAGCUGUGGUGGCUCAAGCAUACAAAGUGGACGUGGAGGUGAUUGGAGGAGCUUCAAGAGGCUGUACAGCAGUUUUACGUUGCGUAGUGCCUAGUUUUGUUAGGGAUCUGGUUCGAGUAGUAUCCUGGUUACAGGAACCUGCCUUUUAUAUUUAUCCUUCACUUCAAGGAGGUAAAAAUUUAAUUUAA